GCUAAACGUCAUAAUUGUAUAAAUCAAAUAGUUACCCUAAAAGCAGAGAAGGCAGGAAGCUAAGUGCUUAUUUGGUUUUUUAAAAAGUGCUGCUGUCAGACUCUCUAAGGAGAGAAAGAUUGAUGACCACUCUCGGGUCUCUCCUGGUCCUGGUCUUCCCCAAAAUAUCCUCUGUUGAACUCCUGAGUUUUUCAUCCGUAUAAAAUCUCCACGUGCUGCUCAGAGCACCCGCACUUUUACUGUUAGCAUUCGUCUUAUUUACGCUGUCUUUUUAUCAGAAGGAAGAACAGGGGGGCUCGUUUUUCUGUUUUUCCCCUCCCCAGCUUGUGGAGCGACCUCGCUGUGAACUCUUUACGUGAACGUUGCACAUUUUAACGGACAAGCAUCACAGACAAGCGCGCGGGUGAGAGAGCCUGGGAGAAAAAGCUAAUUUAGGCUGAGAUAAUGUUCAGACUGCUCAGGUUUCUCUCUCACCUGAACACAUUUAAGCUCCUAUCAGACAUACAUGAAUAUUAAAUACAGAAAUCAUGGACUUACACAUGAACAGGUUCCCUUCUCUGCCUCUUUUCAAACCUAAGUCUGAUCCAUGUGUUUUACAGCUGAGUAGAAAUCUCAGUCAUCCUCUCCUCCUGAUCUGCUGCGCAUCUAAAACCCUCUUCUGUUUUUUCUGGGUCUGACUUUUGAGGGAUUUAUCAGCCGUUGUCACACUUCCUAAGAUUAAUGAGCUGAGAGCUGCAAACAGUAUUUUUUUUCAUGAGGAGACAUAUUGUAAACGGUGCUGGCUAGCUCCGUUAACCUAAUGUUAACCGCCAUUACAUCACACAGUAGACUGGAAAAAAAAUGCCCUAUUGUUUGGAGCUACGAGAGGCCGGGAUGCGCCGACCUGCCGCCCACACGGCGCACAUGGUGACCGGCCGCCUUCUCCUUCUUUCUUCUCAGAAUUUACCCCCUGUUAGGGGAAAACAAUGGUAUACAGCCCCUCGUUCCUUCAGCAUUUGGCAGAAAAAUAAUAAUACAACUUCCCACAGACAUCUCAGCCGCAAGGCCUAGGGUGCUGAUUGGAUGAUACGGGUCACAUGACCAGGAAUCCGCUGCAAUUUCGCCCCAUAGCUUCUCAGCUUAGCCUUCCCAGAUCCCCAUACGCCUGUAAUAUAACCAAUAUACACAAUUAUGAUUUAGCCACCGUUUUUACGCCAUUGCGGUCAGGAGCUUAAAUAUUGCUGCGUUUAUUUUUUGUAUUUAUUUUUUCUCAAAAGCCAUAUUGUGUAUGCGUGUGCGCGCGUGUGAGCGUGCUUAUAUGUUUUUAUCAUUAUUUUUUAUUUAUUUUUUAUUUAUUUUGGGGGAAAGGACUGUUCGGGGGUCUCGCAGUUUGAGAGGGGAACCGACAUGAAGAAGCUAUGAAUUUUGAAUUUGAGAGGGAGAUCGGGUUUAUAAACAGCCAGCCGUCCCUAGCAGAGUGCCUGACAUCCUUUCCUGCCGUCCUGGAGUCAUUUCAAACUUCAUCAAUCAAGGAGUCGACAGUUAUUCCGCCUCCCUUCGAGCACACCAUCCCCAGCCUCAGCCCCUGCACAGCCAGCCAGCCGAAACCAGCAGCUGGGAGCCAGCAGAACCGGAGAACCUCUGCCACUAAUGGCCACCAGACGCACCACCGAGCGAUCCCGCAGUCCUGCCCACCCGGCCAGGCCCCAGCUCCGUCCACCCUGGUCGGUCCGCUGGCCCACGAAUUCCCCUGGAUGAAGGAAAAGAAAUCAUCAAAAAAAUGCCCCAAGCCUGGGGGCAGCUCCAGCGGUGGGGGAUCCAUCAUCACCCCGGCCCCAUCCUUUCCGUCGCCAAACGCUUCUGGGUAUGCUUCAGCGGGCAUUGAGUCACCCACAGACCCGGGCCAGGCGGGUCUGGACGUUGGAGGAGCAGGGUCCCGGCGCUUGCGCACGGCCUACACAAACACACAGCUGCUGGAGCUGGAAAAAGAGUUCCACUUCAACAAAUACCUAUGCCGGCCCAGGAGGGUUGAAAUCGCCGCUCUUUUGGAUCUAACCGAGCGGCAAGUCAAAGUUUGGUUCCAGAACCGGAGAAUGAAACACAAGCGUCAGACCACGCACCACCGCGAUGGUAGUGGAGGCAGCCCGCCUUCUGGUGGAUUCGAACCACUCGAAGGCGCAGAUGCGUCGUCUCCGUACUCAAGCCAGCCUCUGGAAGCAUCUGGGACCGGGGAGACUACGGAGGACGAACAGGGUGGUGAAAAUCCACCCUCGAUCACUGUUUCCACUGCUCUUGCUCCAGGCAGCGGGGACAAAGCACACCCCGCAGCGGAGGAGGAAGGCAGUUUGAGCCUUCCUGAACGCCCACCGCUGCCCAGGACAUCUGGCUCCUUUGACUCUGCGCCGCCCCAUCAGUCUCCGCCGGCUUUCAUACUGACAAACUCCGCCGACACCUCAGACCUGAUUCGGCCUAGAGAGACUGGCCCUGCAGUAGCAGGAGCGACGGAGCAGCGGGACUCCUCAUCAUCAUCCGCGCUGCCCGACCUGACGUUCUUUCCCGAAGACGCCUGCCUCUCCCCCAGCCUGCGGAGCUCCUUGGACAGCCCGGUGGACUUCUCUGAGGAGGACUUCGACUUGUUCACAAGCACACUGUGCACCAUAGACCUGCAACACCUCAACUUCUGAGAGGAAGCUUUACCGUUUCAAGAAAAUAUCAAACAAAGCCAGACAGGACGGUCAGAGCGGUGUUCACGGACAGGACGACACUCGGCAAGGACUCACUUUUUAAACACGCUACUCGGCAACAUUCCUGAAACAUGUACGAAUGAAAAAAUGUUUUUUUUUUUUAAUAAAUAUUUUACUUCACUUUUAUUUGAAGCUGUAAUUUAGUUCAAUAGAGUAUCAGUUCGUUUUAAUUUCAGACAUCAAAAGGAAUUAGUUUUUUUUUCCAUUAUUUUCUCACUUGAAACGUGAUUUUUCUCUCUCUCUCUCUCUUGCCACGUCCAAGUUUCAUAUAUUUAUUAGAUUUUAAUUUUUUGGAUAAUUUUUUGAUAAAUGGAUUGGACUUCUUGGUGUGUGGAUUUGUUUCCUGGAGUCUGUUCUGGUGCAGAUUCAUGGAUCUUUAAAAACGUCUCAGGAACUGGUCACAGAAAACUGGAACUGCUCAGAAAAAUCCAAACUGAAGAAUGGAUUUAUUCUCCCAGCGAAGCACGAUGCGUGGAAAACCCUGCUGAUGACUCCAUGUUUAGACUUUACUUUAUUUAUUCAGAUUCUUUAAUAGUAAAAGUCCAAAUUAUUUAUUGUACAUAUAUUUUCAUAGCGGGAUAAUAAUAAUUAAUGAUAAUAAAUAACCACUUACAAGGUG